AUGGCGUCUCUCUCCCUCCUCCUCUCCAUUCUCCUCUUCUCUCUACCUCUCUCCUCACUCCAAGACCUCUCCUCCGACAAAUCCGCCCUCCUCUCCCUCCGGUCCUCCCUCGGCGGCCGCACACUCCUCUGGAACACCAAACACUCCACACCAUGCAACUGGACCGGCGUCUCCUGCGACUCCUCCUCCAACCGCGUAACCGCUCUCCACCUCCCCGGCGUCGCUCUCUCCGGCCAAAUCCCCGAGGGUAUUUUCGGUAACUUAACUCAACUCCGAACCCUCAGCCUCCGUCUCAACGCCCUAACCGGAACACUCCCUUUAGAUCUCGGAAGCUGCUCCGACCUCCGGAGACUUUACCUCCAAGGGAACAGAUUCUCCGGUGAGAUACCUGAGGUUCUGUUCAGUCUCAGUAACCUCGUGAGACUGAAUCUUGGAGGUAAUGGUUUCUCAGGAGAGAUCUCUUUAGGGUUUAGGAAUCUCACGAGGCUUAAGACUUUGUAUUUAGAGAAUAAUAAGCUCUCUGGGAAUUUACUAGAUUUGGAUUUGGAUUUGGAUCAGUUUAAUGUCUCUAAUAAUAACUUUUUGAACGGAAGUAUACCUAAGAGUCUUCAGAAGUUUGAGUCUGGCUCUUUUGUCGGGACUUUGCUUUGUGGGAAGCCGCUUGAUGUUUGUAAGAAUGAAGGAACUGUGCCAAGUCAGCCUAUCUCUGUCGGAAACAUUGAUGUGAAGAAAGAAAAAGGGAAGCUUUCAGGUGGAGUGAUUGCUGGGAUAGUGAUUGGUUCUGUGGUUUUGUUCUUUGUAAUUGUGAUGGUUCUGAUGGCUCUCUUUGGGAAGAAGGGGAGAGAGAGGACAAGGGAGGUAGAUAUUGGAACAACCAUGAAGCAGCUUGAUGUAGAAGUUCCCGGGGAGAAAGCUGCGGUGGAAGUGACGGAGGAGGCGGCGGCGGGGGCUGUGGUUCCCGCGGAAGUAAACAGCUCAGGGACGAGGAAGUUAGUGUUCUUUGGGAAUGCUACGAAGGUUUUUGAGUUGGAGGAUCUGUUGAGAGCUUCUGCGGAGGUUUUGGGGAAGGGGACUUUUGGCACGGCGUAUAAGGCGGUGCUUGAUGCGGUGACGCUGGUGGCUGUGAAGCGGCUGAAGGAUGUGACGAUGGCGGAUAGAGAGUUUAAGGAGAAGAUUGAGGUUGUUGGGGCGAUGGAUCAUGAGAAUUUGGUUCCGUUGAGAGCUUAUUAUUACAGUGGAGAUGAGAAGUUGCUUGUGUAUGACUUCAUGCCUAUGGGAAGCUUGUCUGCUCUCUUACACGGAAACAAAGGUGCAGGAAGGAGUCCACUAGACUGGGAAGUCCGGUCACGUAUCGCCCUUGGAGCAGCUCGUGGACUAGACUAUCUACACUCACAAGACCCGUUAAGUUCUCACGGGAACGUGAAGUCUUCCAACAUCCUUUUAACAAACUCCCACGAUGCACGAGUCUCUGACUUCGGCCUGGCUCAGCUCGUCGGCUCUUCUACCACAAACACAAACCGGGUUACUGGAUACCGUGCCCCGGAAGUAACUGAUCCUAGGCGUGUCUCGCAGAAGGCGGAUGUGUACAGCUUUGGUGUGGUGUUGCUAGAGCUGCUCACGGGGAAAGCGCCGUCUAACUCGGUGAUGAAUGAGGAAGGGAUGGACUUGGCGAGGUGGGUGCAUUCGGUGGGGAGAGAGGAGUGGAGGAGUGAUGUUUUUGACUCGGAGCUGAUGAGUAUGGAGACGGUGGUGGAAGGAGAGAUGGGGGAGAUGCUGCAGCUGGGGAUUGAGUGUACGGAGCAGCACCCUGACAAGAGGCCAGUGAUGGUGGAGGUGGUGAGGAGGAUCCAGGAGUUGCGCCAAUCGGGUUCGGAUCAGGUUGAGUAGACUCAUGGAUGUAAGGAGGCUCGAGAGGUUCACUAACUAGUGUGAACGAUGGUAUGAAACGCGGCGUUUGCUGAUGUCUUACUCUCUCUAAAUGUGAAAUGUUUGGUGUUUAAAUGUUAGUUUAAGAAUAUGGCGGGGAAUUAGAGUUGAGGUCGUUAAUUAGUCUUUUUUUAAUUUUUGUUUUCCUUCUUUUUUUUUCUCAUGUGUGUGGUGGACCUGGGGGCACUGAUAAUGAUGAGUUCGUUGAGGUUGUAAUUAUUAGUGCUUUUUAACUUUAACUUUGUUUCAGUAUCGUUUCAGCCUUUUGUCUCUUUGAUACGAUUAGUAUGCAGAGACGUAAAGAAGAUAGACU